UUGGAGUGGGCUGGGGCCGCCUGCUAGAGGACGCGGUGCCCCGGGACGCAGCAUCCUGUAAGGAGAGCUGCCGGAGGGGCGGGGGCUCCUCUCGGCACCUGCCGGAGCUCCGGCACCCGCUCCUCCGGCCCCGCCUGACCGCCCCUUCUGGUUCUGCCUUGCAGCUUCCCUCCUUCGCCCGCCGCUCCAACAUCCUCACGGGGCUGCAGGACCCGGCCGUGGACACCAGGCCCAAGCUGGACCUCGGCUCCUCUGGCAAGAGCCAGCAGCACCAGUAUGAACUCAACAGCAAGAAGCACCACCAGUACCAGCCCAACGGCAAGGAGAGCAGCAUGAAGCACCAGUCGCACAGCAAAGGGAAGUAUUACUACCAGCUGAACAGCAAGAAGCACCACCACUACCAGCCGGACCCCAAGAUGUACGAGCCCCAUUACCAGCCCAGCAGCAAAGAGCCGCAGGGCCAGGCCUGCUUGGACAAUAACAAGACCCCCCUGGUCGCCCACCCAGACAAGUGGGCUCACGGCCCAACCAAAAACUUGCUGGGCCCAGUCAAGAACCUCACAGCAGAGAGCAAAAAUGGAGCUGAGAAGAACCUAUCCAGUGGUACCGGGCCGCCCCCCCGGGACAGGGUGACCAGCAAUGGCCUUGGGGGAAAGAUGAAGAUCGUCAAGAACAAAAACAAGAACGGGCGCAUUGUGAUUGUGAUGAGCAAGUACAUGGAGAACGGCAUGCAGGCGGUGAAGAUCAAGUCUGGGGAGGCUCCCCGGAAGCGGGCUGCGGAGGAGAGGACUCCUAAGAAGGGUGGGGAGGAGAAGGUGGAGGCUUGGAGGAAGCCAGGGGAGGAGAGGGUGGUGGGCAGCAAUGCCCCGAGUAAAGCAGAGGGCGAGAGCCGGCAGCCCCCUGCGGAGCUGGAGGAAGGACCCCAAAAGACUCCCUUGGCCAAGGAGCUGCCCCUUCCUCCAGCGGAGCAGCCCUUGCAGCUCACUACCAAGCCGGACCUCGUGCCCUGGUCGCUGAGUCCCGUGUGCGAGCACAGCCCUUCCUCCAUGGGACUGAACCUCUCCAGCGCCGGCUCUCGCAAGCGCUGCCUGUCGGAGCCGCACGCGGAGCGGGAGCCGGGCAAGAAGCGCCUGACCUCCCGCAGCAUCAGUGCCCCC